CACACCCCCCUCCCCCACACACACACACACGCACGGACCAUGGACACGAUCGUGAAGUCGGCAAUGUCCGGCGCUGAACCGCCGCCGUCGCCGCAGCCGCCGCCAUCGCCCGUCGACGGGUCCGGCGGCAGUCCGCACCGCAUCAAGAAAGGCGGCCGCUUCGACUUCGACGAUGGAGGCACGUACUGCGGCGGCUGGGACGACGGCAAGGCGCACGGACACGGCGUCUGCACGGGGCCGAAGAAUAUCGGAGAGUACUCCGGAUCGUGGACGUUCGGCUUCGAGGUGUCCGGCAUGUACGUAUGGCCGAACAGCGACACGUUCGAAGGUCAGUGGGACAACGGCAAGCGGCACGGGCUCGGCGUCGAGCACAAGGGCAACUGGACGUACGAGGGCGAGUGGACGCAGGGCUACAAGGGCCGCUACGGCAUACGGCGCAGCUCGUCGGGGGCGAAGUACGAAGGCACGUGGGUGAACGGACUGCAGGAUGGGUACGGCACGGAGACGUACGUCGAUGGAGGUACGUAA